AUGAAUAGUGAAACGAAUGAACGCUAUUUAAGUCAACAAAUUCGUACAACACAAGUGACUGUGAACUUGAUUGAUUGUAUGGAAUGUUACGUACGAACUCCACGUUGUACGUUUGAACAACAAGCAUGCGAUGGUAAUGGAAGCACGAACAGAGAUAUGGUUCAACAAGUACAAGAAUUUCGUCAAGAACAAGAACAAGCUUCACCAAAACAAAACAGUAAAGGAAGAAAUGAAACUGUUGAAAAGAAAGAAGAUGGAAUAAAUGAUGAUUUAAUUCAUUAUUUAAAUGAAGAGGAUGAAAUGAUGAGUCUUCUCAUUGUUGAUUUACCAUGGUCACAAACUUCACAACACAAUUCCGCAAAUAAUGAGCUCCGCGGUAACAUCUAGGUCUACAUUUUUGUGAUAUAUGACCUGUUUCGUGAAAUGAACCUAUAUAUACAAUUGUGUCGAUCUUCACACAAACGAAAACGUUUUCAUUAUGUUUUUUUUUUGUUUUCUUUGAUUAUUGUUUUUUUUUCUUUUGAUAUAAAUAUAUAUAUAUGAAUAAAAUUUAUAUUAAAAAACAAUAUUUAGUUCAUUGAAAACAAUAUUGCAGUUUAAAUAUAUAGUAGACGGAAAACUAUUAGAAACGGAAAGAAAAAAAAACAUAUAAAUUCACCCUGAAUUAGUAAUCAUAGGUUAGUUAGCGGUCACUUCGUCUGGAACGAAAGGAAAAAAGUUAACCUCGACGUAUUUAGACUUUACUAUUAAGAAUACUAUAUAGACAAAAACAAAUAAAAUAAAACACAUGGAAAAGUUUGAAUUUGUUUCUAACGUGUUGUUUAAAUAACUCUCUAUAAAAUAAUAUUCAGUGUAUAGAUUACAUUUGAUUAAAAAAAAAUUCGUGUAUUGCAUACAAUGGAAUACAAUAAAAAUUUCAGAGAUAUAUUACAAGAACAGUUUUUUCAAAAAAGUUCAAUUGAAGAAAUUUUAAUGCUACUUUUGCAGAAUCAUGACAUUUCUGAAGAUGAAUUUAUUCAAUUUUUUGAAGAUCAUUUUGAUUAUUUAAAUAUUGAAGAAAAUUUGUUUGAAUUUCUACACAGUAUGUUUAAUAAUUUAAGUGUAAACGAUUCACUGUUUGAUGUUAGUAAUCAAAUGGAACAUCAUCAUGCAAUGACUUAUGAUAACGAUGAAGAUUUAUAUGUAGAUUAUUUGCUUGACGAUUACAAUAUCGGCGAAAAUGACAUCGAUGUAAAUGAUGAAUAUCAAGUAUAGGAACAUAUUGCUCUUUUCAAUGUCUUUUUUUUGUUAUAAACUAUUUCUUUUUGAAUAAAUUGAUAUUGAAACUAUAAUGUUUUCACAUUAUUAUAAACAAAAGAAUAUAUCUAAUGAUUCACUUCUCUCGUAGUAUUUUUUUUCUUAAUUAUAUAAUGAUCAUUCUUUGAGUUUUCAUCUCAGGCAUUAGUGAUAGGAAAUCUAACUGGAAUAUUACAAACUAUUGGCUGAGGCAAGUUCGAGAGAAAAGAAAAUCGAAAAAAUACAUCUCAAUGGAAUUUUGAGAUUAGCUAUUGAGAAUAUUACAAAUUUGUUUGGUAGUCUCGUAUUUUUUACGAAAAACUUAUGAAAUUAAUAUCAGAUAUAUUUUCGAAAGAAAUUAGCGAAGACAUAUAUCAUUUAGAAGAAAAAGAAAAUAUGAAUUUGUACAUUUUUUUUAAAUGUUUAAAAGAAUUAAUAAACAACAGAAACAUAUUUGAAAUUUAUUUCGAUAUAUUUUAAAAACGUUAAGACGUUAAAAUUUGACAAAAAAACCGUUCAAAUCUAGGGAAUGAACUAUUCGAAAAGGGAUUAGUUGAUGUCUAGACAGUGACCGUUCCUCUUAUCUGUUAUGUCUUAUAACCUCGUCCAGGGUAUAACGUUUGUUUCCAUGUGGUGUGUCCUUCUAUACUAGUCUAGAACAUUCCUUCAUUUAAAUAAAACACUUUUCUUUUCUAUCUACUAUAUUCAUUUCGUAAAUUAUUACACUCUAGUAAACAUCAUCGUCUAUAUAAGGUUUGUGACCAGUAAAGUUUGAAUUUAUUUACCUAGCUAUAAUUCUUUUGUGGAACUCACGUAUAUUUUCGAAGAAAAUAGUGAGUGUAAGUUUUAAGUUCGAGAUUUUGCGGCUCCCCCCCCCC